AUGGCUCUCAUUUUCCAGGCAGAUGUUGGCCAAUUGCUUUAUAGAUACAAGGUUGAGCAUCACCAUUCUUCUCCUUAUCGCCCUCAGGCUAAUGGUGCAGUAGAAGCUGUGAGAUCAAAAAAAAUCCUGAUUCAAAGAUGUGUUGAAAGGUAUAGAAGGCUGGCUGAGAAACUUCCUUUCGCGCUCUGGGGCGCAUCCGCACACUACCUUCAAAUCAGUAAAUGGAGCCUCUCCUUUCGAACUAGUAUACGGAAUGGAGGCAGUGUUACCGAUAGAGCUCGAAAGAAGUCUCUCAGGGUUUUGGUAGAAGCUGGUUUGACCGAAGAGGAAUGGGUCAAGAAAAGAUAUGAAGACCUGGCACUCCUAGACGGAAGAAGAUUGAAUGCUCGAUUCCAGGACCAGAUGAGAAAGAGAAGAAUUGCUCGUUUCUACAAUAAACGAAUACAUCCAAGGGCAUUAAAGAACAGGGAUUUGGUGUUGAUCAGGUUAUUGGACCAUGAAGCCCAACAUCAUCCUGGUGGGAAAUUUAAACCCAAUUGGCAUGGACCGUUUAGAAUUCACAAGUUACUAGCAAAAGGCGCCGCUGAAUAA